AUGAUGAUGAUAAAGAAAGCAAGUGAGACGCAUACAGAAAUAGGAGCAGCGCCAUUGAGGCAGAUGUUGAAGAGAUGCUCAAGCUUCUUGAAGAAGGGCAAAGAAGACGUGCCCAGGAAGGGACAUUUUGCUGUCUACGUGGGCCGAUCCAGAGCCCGCCACGUGAUCCCCAUCACAUUCCUCAAUCAUCCAAUCUUCCAGAUGAUGCUUCAAGAAGCGGAGGAAGAGUUUGGGUUUCGGCAAGAGAGAGGCAUCACCAUUCCUUGCGACCAAAACAUAUUUCUCUCUCUCUUAGACUCCAUAAAAUAUCACUAUAUCUUAGUUUGA